AUGGCCCGUGCGCACACCACCCUUUAUAAACAGCGCCCUCUCCUGAUUGAUUCCCCAUCUCUUGUGCUCGGGCAUGUACUGUCGCCAGUGAGGUUUCUACCGAGGCACAGUCUUUUUGCUGAUUGCAAAUUAUACAUCCGAACCCGUCUGUUAGCUUCGGCUUCCAGCAAUUUUUGGAAACCCCUCCUCCUCAACCUUUUCGCAUUUCUUUCUUCGUGA